UCACUCCCUCUCACCUCUCCCUCUCACUCAUCUCUCCCCGCCCCCUCUGUCCCUCCCUCUCUUUCCCUCCUCCUGGCACUAUGACAUCCAGUGGAUCUGUGUGUGUUGUGUUGAUGUCUGUAUUCCUGUCUGCCAGGCACCAGAUAAUUUUCCAACAUAUCCCGGUUCUGUCUGAUGCGGAUUGGUCUUCAUUGAUUUCACUCUUAUUUCGAGGCUGUGAGGGUUUGGUGCUGAGAUCAAGCUAACUGAUGGUGGUUACCAUAAUUUUUUCCUUCCCUUGGUGAGCCACUUCUGUUUAAAAGAGGAAACACGUUUUGAGCUUCCUGUUGUAGUUGCUGAGAGUAUCAUAUCGGCAGCAACAGUGACUAAUUCCGGAGAGAGAGAGAACAAAGUGUUUGUUAACUCCGUCACUGUGCCCUAAUUUUCCAUUGAUGCAAAGAAAAACUUCGUGCAGAGCCUGAGUCGAAAGCCUUCGGGCUGACAACCCCAGAUGGCAGAAGCUCACCAGGCCGUGGCAUUUCAGUUCACCGUCACCCCGGAUGGCAUCGACUUGCAGCUGAGCCAUGAGGCGCUGAAACAAGUCUACUUGUCUGGUCUGCGGUCGUGGAAGAAACGUCUCCGACGGUACAAAAAUGGGAUCCUGACGGGGGUUUAUCCUGCCAGCCCCUCCAGCUGGCUCUUCGUGGUGGUGGCUGUGAUUGCAACGAUGUACGCCCGUGUCGACCCUUCUCUGGGAAUGAUCGAGAAGAUCCGGGGUCACCUGCCUACCAAUGGUUACCUGUCCAACCAGAGUGAGAACAUCCUGAGUGGUCUGCUCUUCGGGACGGGGCUCUGGAUUGCCUUGGUCUUCACCAUGCGCCAGACACUGAAGCUGCUUCUUUCCUAUCACGGCUGGAUGUACGUCGCACAUGGCAAAACCCCAGGCCACAUCAAGCUCUGGAUGCUGAUGGUGAAGAUCUUCUCUGGCCGUAAGCCCCUGACGUACAGUUUCCAGACUUCUCUGCCCCGACUUCCUGUACCAGCUGUCAAGGACACCAUGAGAAAGUACCUGGAGUCUGUCCGUCCAGUCCUGACUGACGAGAAUUUCAAGCGGAUGCAGGCGCUGGCUCGGGACUUUGAGCUGAAGGAGGGACCGAGGCUUCAAUGGUAUCUGAAGCUCAAAUCCUGGUGGGCCACCAACUAUGUCAGUGACUGGUGGGAGGAAUACAUCUAUCUGCGAGGACGCGGGCCCAUCAUGGUCAACAGCAAUUACUACGCAAUGGAUUACCUGUACAUUAUUCCAACACAUUUGCAGGCGGCUCGAGCAGGGAACACCAUCCAUGCCAUGUUGCUUUAUCGCCGUAAACUUGACCGUGAGGAAAUCCGCCCUCUUAUGGGUCAAAGUUCAAUCCCCAUGUGCUCCUCCCAGUACGAGCGUAUGUACAAUACCUGCCGUAUUCCAGGGUUAGAGACAGACACCCUGCACCACCUGAAGGAUAGCAAGCACAUUGUGGUCUAUCACAGGGGUCGAUACUUCAAGGUCUGGCUCUACCACAGUGGCCGGCUGCUCAAGCCUUGUGAGAUUCAGGUGCAGAUGCAGAAGAUCCUGGACGACGUGUCAGAGCCUCAGCCUGGGGAGGAGAAGCUGGCGGCUCUCACUGCUGGUGACAGGGUGCCCUGGGCCAAAGCUCGCCUUUCCUUCUUCAGUCGGGGGAAGAAUAAGAUGUCAUUGGAGGCCAUCGAGAAGGCAGCUUUCUUUGUGACGCUGGAUGACACUGAACAGGGGUUCAGGAAGGAGGACCCAAUAGCAUCGCUGGAUAACUACGCAAAAUCCCUGCUGCAUGGCAAGUGUUAUGACAGGUGGUUUGACAAGUCCUUGAGUUUUAUCAUCUUCAAGAACGGUAAAGUGGGCCUGAAUGCCGAACACUCCUGGGCGGAUGCUCCCAUCAUCGGCCACUUGUGGGAGUACUUGUUGGCCACCGACCAGUUUCAGCUUGGAUACACAGAGGAGGGGAACUGCAAGGGAAUGCCUAAUCCCAGGAUCUCUGCUCCCCAGCGGCUGCAGUGGGAGAUUGAAGAACCGUGCCAGGAAGUCAUCAAUCAGUCCCUGAGUGUUGCCCAGCAGCUUGCCAAUGAUGUGGACUUCCACUCUUUCCCCUUUGACAAGUUUGGGAAGGGGCUAAUCAAGCGGUGCCGGAUCAGUCCUGACGCCUUUGUCCAAAUGGCACUACAACUGGCCCACUACCAGGACAAAGGUAAAUUCUGUCUGACAUAUGAGGCCUCGAUGACCCGCCUGUUCAGAGAGGGUCGCACGGAGACCGUCCGUUCUUGCACCAGUCAGUCGACAAAGUUUGUGCUGGCCAUGGUAGACCCCACUCAGACGAGUGAAGAGAAGUUGAAGUUGUUCAAACUGGCAGCAGAGAAGCACCAGAACAUGUACCGUCUAGCUAUGACCGGCGGUGGCAUCGACCGCCACCUCUUCUGCCUUUACGUGGUGUCCAAGUACCUGGGGCUGGACUCCCCAUUCCUGAAAGAGGUCCUAUCCGAGCCAUGGAAACUCUCCACCAGCCAGACUCCACAUCAGCAAGUUGAACUCUUUGACCUGAACCGGUACCCUGAGUACGUGUCAAGUGGCGGAGGCUUUGGGCCGGUUGCUGAUGAUGGCUAUGGUGUUUCUUACAUCAUGGUUGGAGAAAAUCUCAUCAACAUGCACAUUUCAAGUAAAUUCUCCAGCCCCGAGACAGAUUCUCACCGGUUUGGAAAACAUUUCCAACAAGCUAUGCUUGAUAUCCUUGCCCUGUUCAACUUGGACAAGAGGACCAGCAAGUAGCAGCAGACAUGGUGUCAGAGCUCGGAGGACCAGACCCCGACCCUGGGGCAGAUUGUUUUUGGUUGAUGCUGGGACAUGGUGUGGAACCAUAGAAUCAUUUUGAACACUGACACAUUCAUUGGCUCCUGGAGCCCUGUGUUGUUAUGUGGGUGCGUCAACACGUUCCCUGAGACAGCUCAGGCUGGGCAGGAGCCUCCAGGCGGAUGUCACUGAACAGGUCCUUUAAGGAGCUUGUUAUACCACUAUAAACUGCAUCCCAAAUUUUUGGUCUUAGGGUUACUGCAUGAGAUCAGGUAGAUAACUUCCUUUAUCUGCUCCAUCAUGAUCAUUACAUGGAGCUUUUAUUUUGAUUGUCUCUGAACAGUGCUUGAUCAUAAUUCUCAGGAUUGUUCACGUAUCAAUGCAGGUCCCAGCCAGCGUGGGGAGGCAUUAUAUUAUAGCUUCAAUGUUUCUAUCAGAAAGUUGUCUGACUUGGGGACUAGGGAAUCAAAUCCCUCCCUAAGACCCUACAUGGAAGUUUGUUGAUUUGGUGUGGAUAUUGUGUACAGAACCAAUGAAUGUAUUGCAGGUGAUUUUGGCUGUUAAGUGAAUAAAGAGCUGGGGACCAUU